AGUACGAUGAUUCCUAACACUACCGCAAGCUGUUAGCUGGUUAGCCAAUAGCAGAGCUGCUCUUCCAUCCGCUUUCUGGUGCCUUUCAACAAACUGUGGAAUCUAUAUAUAAUGCUAAAUCAACAGUGACGACAAAAUGAGGGUCCCCCGUGCCUGCAUCAACCUCAGGAGAAUUCAUUUAGUUUGGCCUCUCCUGCUGCUGCUCUUGGUCGGUGCGGCUCUUACCGCUCUCCUGCCGCCCGCCGAAGAGCAGAGCCGCACCAAUGAUGUUCUUGGGGUGUUACGAAGAGCAGCAGCCAACAAACCCUUACCUGACAAUCAUGUCUACAGUACAGAAGAAACGGAGGAGAAAUUUACUAUUGUCAUUCAGACCUUUAACCGAACAGACAUUCUUCUUAAAUUGCUAAACCAUUACCAGGCAAUGCCUCAUCUCCAGAAAAUAAUCAUAGUCUGGAAUAAUGUCGGAGAGCAGACGCCCCAAAAGCUUUGGAACUCCCUGGGACCACAUCCUGUGGAGGUGAUCUUCAAGGAGCAGAGUACCAACCAAAUGCGAAACCGACUUCAAGUAUUUCCGGAGAUUGAUACAGAUGCUGUGUUGAUGCUGGAUGAUGACACCCUGGUCAGUGUCCCGGACAUCAGUUUUGCUUUUUCUGUCUGGAAGCAAUUUCCCGAUCAAAUUGUUGGGUUUGUACCUCGAAAACACGUGGUCACAGCAGGAGGAACCUAUACCUAUGGUAGCUUUGAGCUGCAAGAUCCAGAGAUUGGUGGAGGAGACAGGUACUCCAUGGUGCUGAUCGGUGCUGCUUUCUUCCACGGCCGCUACCUGCAGCUCUUCCAGGACCAACCUCAAGCAGUGCACCAGCUGGUGGACGAAACACAAAACUGCGACGACAUCGCCAUGAACUUCGCCGUUUCCCUCUAUUUAGCGCAACAGCCGAGGUCGUUCCAGGGCAUGCCGAGGUCAAAGGGCAUCGUGGCCAGCCGGCCGUCGGGGGUGUUCGUCAAACCCGUGGACUUCCGUAACCUAGAGAAGGAGGCGGGCAGUGGGUACCUGGGGAUGUGGCAUCGGCCCGAACACCUCCUCCAGAGGUCCUACUGUCUGAACAGGCUGGUGCAGAUCUACGGCUCAAUGCCCCUCUGCUUCUCCAACCUCAUGCUCUGCCAGUUUGGAUUCCCCAGCUACGCUAACCACAAGAAUAAAGGCUGACGUCGGGGAUGCCGUAGUGGUGUGAUGGCAAGCCGCUGGGGCCAUCACGGAAAGAAGGACUCGAGGAACACUCUUGUAAGUGUAGGGGCCUUGACUGUCAGGGUCGGAGUGGGGGUUUCGGUUUUCAAGACUCAAGGUUUGGGGCUUUUAUUUGUGUUUUCAACACAGGAUACAGAUAAGGAAUGCAGGAUACACUCAGAGAUUGUUUUGCCACGCUUAUUUUGCCAAUUUCUCAAGAAUUAAUUAAGAAUUGUUGAGAGCUGAUUAGAAGGAUACCUCAGUGAAGAUACAAAGUGGUGAUAAAAUGGGAAAUGUUUCAUCCUUUGACAUCUUCAGGGAAAAUAUAGAACUAUAAACACUGCCUGUUCAUAUUCUUGACUGUGUUUCUCAGUCAAAAGACACACAAAAAAUCUGAUGGAUGGAACUGAUCAAUUAAGUCUUGAUGAUCUGUUGUUGCCUCAGUGGAAAUACAGGAGUAACAAGAAGCAGUUUUGAAAGAUGGACGCAAACAAACCUGUUCGGUCUAAGAGGGUCAUUAGUGUUAACAUACAUGUUAAGCUUUGACAAUAUCUCAAAUAAGAGUUUGUUGCCUGUUUUGCCUUUCUAACAAAAUGAGGUACAUUUUCUGUAAGGUAAAUUUUUUAUACUUGAAUCCAUUUCAACAAGCAUUUUUGUUAAGUCUCCAUAAUAUUAAGAUUCAUCUUGAAUGAACUGGUCUAAUAAAUUACCUGCCAUAUUUAUAAAUGUAUGAUUGCAAUGUAGUUAAGAAAUGCUUCAACGGUUUUUGGUCCUGUAAUGCAAGGAUAGCUCAUAAACCUGUCAAUUUGUUAACUAUUCAGAAGUUUAAUAAGCUAUUAACUGACAAUUACAUGGAUUAUAUGAUUUUGAUUAAUGCAUGCAAAUGUAUACCUCAAUUUAUGCUGGAUGUUAUUAAAUAAACUAAAGUUAUUGAAAUUC